GAGGUGGUGCCUACGUGUGGUGCCCGCAGAGUUCUGGUGACACAGCUCCAGCCUUUUGCAUGGAUGCUGCGGCUGAUGAUCCGGAUAACCCUGCACGGCUCAUCAACGCGGCGGCCAACGAAGAUCAGUGCAAGCAGGUGAACACAGAGAUUUGUCAGCUUGGGGGUAUCCUCUACUUCCGCACUCUUCAAGAAGUGCCAGCUGGCACGGAGCUUGUGACAGACUACGGAUACAGCUACUGGCCAGAUUUCGAUUCCUGCCAGCUUGUGACGUCCAAUGACCUGAUGGCACGCUUGGAGAAUCGCGCGGCGAGAUAA